AUGACAUACGGGGCGGCGAAAAUCACGCGCAUCCCAUCCAGAAGGGUGCCCUAUCGAGGAGAACAGGACGGCGGCGAAAACCGCGCAUCUCUGAGAGGCAAAUCCGAUCUGGAGGACCCAGAAGGCGGGGCCCGCACGGCUCAGCGAACGGUGCGCGAACAGGGGCGCUGGCCCCGCUCCGAGCCUUCUCGACGGGGUCAGCCCGGACUGGCUGUGUCGUGCCAGAACUGGCAGCAUAAGUACCUCGAUGGCGCACCGCCUCCUGAGCCUGAUUGGAUACACAGCCGGGCACGAGUGCAGCGUCGACGGCGAGAAAGGAGCGCGCAGCGGAUCUGGCAGCGCAAGUCCCUCGACCACGCUCCGUCUCCGUCUCCUCUAACCCCGUCCGGCGACCUACUCGUAUAUCGCGCGCAUGAGCACGACCGCAGCGUCGACGCCAAAAUUGACAGCGGUGGAGCCCGAAUCAGCACUGUCGUCCUCAUAGAUACGACAGCAUGA